GAUUGAGUUUAGAAGAGUGAGGACCUCAAAACAAUGAUUGAUAUUUUAGUUUUAAUAACUCUUUUGUGUUUUCAAUUUAUACCAAACUCUGCUUCCUACAGAAGGGAACAUGAGUGUAGGUGGGACACGGAAUGCCCUCCAGUAUUACGGGAUCUCAACAUGUGUGCUAGAAUAAACAGCAAAACUGUUGCAGUUGGUAAAAAGAUUCCACCAUGUGAAGCAAAUAGAAUAAAUCUGGGUGGAAAGUGUUUGACUAAACAAGAUGGACUGUGUGCAAUGAGAAACUUUUUUACGAGAAGUUGGAAGAACUGCAGUGUUCGACGUUGUGCGCAAUGCUACACCCACAGCGACUGCGCAAUCAAAUGCGAAAGAUGCCGCAAAAAUCGGUGUGAUUAUGUCUGCAAAGAAACCCCGGGAUUACACUUCACGGCAUUUAACGAGAUCACCAUUGAUGGUCAAAAAAUAAACGUUAGUGAAUCAAUCAGUCAACACUUCAAGUAACCGGUGAUAUUGAGAUCAUCAGAACUUUGGAAUAGUGGUAGUCACAAGAAUUUCAUAUAUUUUACUUAAUUACACUUAAAAUGGCCUGAACAUCGUCUUUCUAUUCCACAGUUUUUUAGGCUUCACUAAUCACUGCUAUUUAAUUGUGUUAGUUCAAAUUUGUUUAUCAAAUAAGAAUGUAUUGUAAACUCAAGGAAAGUCAAAUGUCUUAAUAUUUUUUUAAUGUUUAAUAUUCGUCCCUGAAUGAGUAUUCACAAAAAAUGAAAUGGCCGAUAAUAGAUUUUAAUUUGAAAUCAUUAAGUACCAACCUGUUUAUCAUGUUUCUAUAAUGACAAAAUGAUUAAAACAUUCUUUGAACCAGUGAAAUAUAAUAGUAAAAUUCUUUAAUCGAAAUGCACCUAGCAUUAAGAUAUAUUUUUUUAAAUGUGCUCUGUGCUUUUAGGCAAAAAAGCUCAUUUAAAAUAUGUACAAACUACGAACUCCUAAGGUGGUUUAUGGUCACAUGGUGCCUUUUAAAAUCAAGAAAUCACAGGAUUUUCCCGUAUAAGAUUCCCGGGAAUUUCAGCGGAGUCCUGGUAUAGAUUCCUUGGAAUUUCCGUGAAUUUUCCGCAAAAUUGUUACUAAGCAAGGAAACGUAAUUAACUGUUGAACAUGAAUUGGUAAGAUAUAUGCUUUUUAAUAAAUUUUUUAUGUUUA